AUGACUUCCCCCUCCGCUGAUUUUAGAGCUAGAAGCUCUUCCAAUGCCAUUUCAUUUCAGGACUAUCUUGAUGUAUCGGCAUUGCUCUUCGACUGGGGAGAUAGUUACGACGCAAAAGACUGGUCUCGUCUGCGUGGCAUCGUCGCUCCGACGCUCUACGUUGACUACUCCAAGAUUGGCAAGGCUGUAUGGGAAGCCAUGCCGGCAGACGACUUCGUAGCUAUGGUGUCCAACGACGACUUUCUCGGUGAUCAAUGCGUCAAGACGCAGCAUCUGCUCGGCGCGACGCGCUGGGAGCGGAUUUCCGAAACUGAAAUUGUUGGAUAUCAUCAGUUGAGGGCCGCCCACCAGGUUUACACGGCACCGGAUUUGCAGACGGUCAAAUUGCAGGGCCAUAGCCACGCGACUAACAAGCACUUCUAUACCAAAGUUGACGGAGUGUGGAAGUUUGCUGGUCUAGCUCCGUUGGUUCGAUGGAAUGAGCAUGACUUUGAAAAGGUGUUCAAGGGCUCAUUCAAAGACUAA